UAUUUGUAUGUUGGUAGAAUCUGAAUUUGACAAUUAAAAAUCAAAAUUACACUGACGAAGCUAGAAAAAUAUACAUGGAUAAUAUUUCAUAAUGUCGAAAAAUAAAGCUAUGUUGUUGAGAGUACAAUCUCCAGAGGGUACAAAGAGAAUUGAAAUACCUUCUACUUCCACGUCCUGUCAAUUGUUUGAAGCUGUACAUGAUACAUUCGAAUUAAAUAGUUUCGCUUUUGCUCUAUACAAAGAGAAAAAUAAAAAAAAUGAAAUUGCCAGCAGCAAAUCGAAAACUUUACAGAAUUUGGGUUUGCGACAUGGGGACAUGAUAUAUCUGGCACCUGUAAAUGGAGCAGUCUUAUUCAGUAAUAAUUCACCUGCUGGGGAACCUGCUGAUGAAUGCAUGCCUUCAACUAGCUCUGGUUCAGCUCCUGCUAUUGCCAGACCUUUAAGUCGAUCCAGCACCAAUAGCAAAGAAGAUGAAGUAGAUAUACAGUUGAUGAAGAUUGAUGGCAAGGUUGAAAGACAAAGAGAUGAUAAACUUUGUCGCCACAACAACAACUCAAGAUGUGUUCAUUGUUCACCAUUAGAACCAUAUGAUGAAGCUUAUUUGAAAGAACAUAAUAUUAAGCAUAUUUCAUUUCAUUCUUAUCUCCGUAAAAUGAUGUCUGGAGUCGACCGUGGCAAGUUUUUAGCUCUGGAAGAUAUUUCUUGUCGCAUUAAAGAAGGUUGCAAAGACCAUCCACCAUGGCCAAAGGGUAUUUGUUCUAAAUGUCAACCAAAUGCUAUUACUCUUAAUAUGCAGGCAUACAGACAUGUUGAUAAUGUCACUUUUGAGAAUACCAAUUUGGUUGAAAAAUUCUUAAACUACUGGAGGGUUACAGGACAUCAACGAAUUGGUUUUCUUUAUGGUACCUAUGAAACACAUCCAGAUGUUCCAUUAGGUAUUAAAGCCAACGUUGUAGCGAUAUAUGAACCACCACAAGAUAGUUCCCAAAACACAAUACGCCUUCUUCCAGAUGACAGAGAAGAAGUAGUUGAACAAAUAGCAACGUCAUUAGGUCUAAGACGUGUUGGUUGGAUAUUUACCGAUCUAUUGGCCGAGGAUGUUCAAAAGGGAACUGUCAAAUAUGUUAGGAAUAUAGACAGUCAUCUCUUAUCUUCUCAGGAAUGUAUAAUGGCUGGGCAUUUUCAGAACCUGUAUCCAAAUUAUAGCAGAUAUGCGUCCAAGGGAAUUUUCGGAUCGAAAUUUGUCACUGUGUGCGUUACAGGUGACAAAGCCAAUCAAGUCCAUAUGGAAGGUUACCAAGUAUCAAAUCAGUGCAUGGCUCUAGUUCGAGAUAAUUGCCUUCUACCUACUAAGGACUGCGCGGAAUUAGGUUAUGUACGAGAAUCAUCUGAUAAGCAGUACGUCCCAGAUGUUUAUUAUAAGGAAAAAGACUCAUACGGUAACGAAGUGUCACGCCUAGCUCGUCCACUGCCAGUCGAAUACCUCCUCGUAGACGUGCCAGCAUCUACCCCUAAUACCCCACAAUACACUUUCAACAGUGAUCCGUCUAAGCAACCGUUCCCUGUCGAAAAUCGUCUCGUCGAAGGUCACAUUCAAGAUUUCAAUGCACUUUCUACUUACCUCUCACAGUUUGCUUUUAACGAAUUUUAUAUAGCUAUAAAUGAUUUUCAUCUGUUGCUGUAUAUUUCGACUAUGGACAUGUUGCCGAUGCGCGAAUUCAUAGAUCCGUUACUCAAAGCUCUGAGGAGUAAAGAUAGGGAAGCCGCUGAAGAAUGGUCUCGGUCCGAACAUUGGGCUACAUUGGAACAACUUAUCGCUGCCAGCUCGCCACCACCUUCAAGGCCUGGAAGUGUUGCGUCAGGUGCUAUUACAUCUUCUCCUGGUUCUGCAAGUGGACCAAAAUGGACAUGUCCCUUUUGUACUUUUCUUAACAAUGCUGAUGUUCAGAAUUGUGAAAUGUGCAAUUUGCCCAGGUCAAAUCGACCACACUGAGAUUAGCAGAAGAGGUUAAGAACAAAAUCAUGUGAUUUGAAAACUGUUUUUGUGUUUGUAAGCAUUGUUUAAAUUUAAUAACAUCCCCAAAAAAGGAAUGAAAAAAAAAAUAACUAGUUAUAAUGUUUUUAAAAUG